GACAGAAAAAAAAACAAAUUAAAACAUGUCAAAUUCUAGCAGCAACAUACAAUAAAGUUUUUUUUUAAUAAAUAAAAAUGAAUCCAUCCACAGUCUUCAUUAAAUCAAAACAUUUAUGGUCAUGUCUACUCGAUGCAUAUGUACCAUUAACGUUUCGGAGUGACGUAUUCAACAGAUGUUAUGCUAAGAAAUCUGGUGAUGACGAAUGUAGAAGAGCAUUAGUGGAUAUUCCACCGGACGUAGACCCGAAAUGCCCACAGCCCUGUGAGAGAAUAAAAAAGAAAAAACCUGGUUUAUUACAUAGAAUUAAAUUGAGGGUCAUCGAAGGAGGCACGAAUUUCGGAACUCCAUUUCGGCGCGUCUCGUGUAAAGAAGAGGAGAAGCUUCCUCCGAAAAAAGUUGAUACUGAAACGAAGGCAUUGCCGCCACCGUCACGACCGGCAAAGGUGCCUUCAAUGCCGGAGACUAGGUCAGGCGUCCAAGUAUCGAUUCUUGGUGCAGACUCUCCGUUAGGACACUACGUAGCUUUGCUUUUGAAACAAUGUCCUUGUAUAAAGAAAUUGCGUUUGUACGAAGCAAAGCACUGCGAAUGUUCGGCAUGCAACCGGAAUCUUUGUAAAGUCGUGAAAGAUCUACAACAUAUCAACACGAAUUGCCUUGUGCAGGCUUUUAGCAGUUCUUGUAACGAAUUGGAACGAUGUCUACAGAAUACAGAUAUAGUGUUGAUGCUUGAAAGCAGUUAUCCGAACUUGGACCUAUCUUUUGAGAAGAGAUUCAAUUGUCAAGCGCCCAUAGUGAAAAACUACGCCGAUGCUAUAGCCAACGAAUGUCCUAAAGCGUUCAUAAUAGUUUGCACAACGCCCAUUGAUUGUAUGGUACCAUUGAUAGCAGAGACGCUGAAAGAAACCGGUUGGUAUGAUCCUCGAAAGGUGCUCGGUUCUCUGGCUGUACCAGAAAUGCGUGCUAGCACGCUCGCUGCAAGGGCCCUGUGUCUUGAACCUCGAUAUACUAGAGUCCCUAUCGUUGGAGGAACUGAAGGCGAAUCACUAGUUCCGCUGUUUUCAAAAGCUGUUGAAUACUUUGACUUUGCUAAGCAUAAUGCCCUUAUGAUGACUGAUGCUGUGCGAGGGGCCCAAACUGCUGUUACCAGGACCGAUGGAGCUUGUGUUAGAGCUGCCGACCUUAGCGAGGCCCAUGCGCUAUCUGGUUUAGUAACAAAGGUCGCACAUGCUCUCCUCUGUCACGACAUCCCAAGAGUUACUGGUUUUGUAGAAACAGAUGCCAGUCAAGUCAUUUCUCCUGCCAGAUACCUUGCAAUCGAAGUUCUGCUAAACAAGCACGGGAUUUGCAGGAAGCUUGACCUGCCGAGCGAUAUGAGCUUACUCGAACUCGAACUCGUCGAUUUGGCUUUUGAGCAUUUAAAGCUUAACGUCGAUCUCGCAUACAAAUGGUACGAUGCGUUAUUAGUCGGUGAAUGCGAGAGAUGCCAAAUGGCGAUGAAGACCGACUGGCACAUGCCGAGGCACUACCGCCAUUUAGAUGACUGCGCUAGUCAAUUGACGUAAGGGAUUUUGUGGAAAAAAAAAUGGAACACCGGUUUAAAUAUUAUUUUUUUCUCUUAUAAGAAGUAUAAGUAAGAAGUAAAAUGAUUCGAUAGAUUUAUCUAUAAAAUUCGUCAUUAUGGUAUUUGGUAUUGCUACUAUUACUUAGUUGCUAGAUACCGUGAAAUAGAUACAUAGUAAGGAACUCGAUAUUUCUUUUUGGCAUUACAUUUCCCGCUCAAAAAACGUUAUCUUUUUUGCAUGCAUAAUCUGAAUUAGAAUCAAAAUUUAAUUCUGUAAAUGAUAUGUGAACUUGUCUGUAAUGUAACAAUAGAAGAAUAAUGUUUAUUUUAUUUUCUGUGAUUCACACAAAUUUCAAGAGCAUUGUGUUCAGACGUAAAAAGUUAAAAACCUUUACUGAGUCUAACCAGACUUAUUGUAUUUUGUUGCUGUAAAAAAAAAACGAAUAAAUUUGAAUAAAUAA